CGGAAGUGACGCCCAGGGUGGGGAGGAGAGCGCCGAGCGGAGCUGAUGCAAGCGGGAGACGCCACCGCCAUGGAGGCCGCGCCCGGCCCGCAGGAGAAGUAUCACCUCAUCACCCGGAACCUGCAGGAGGUGCUGGGGGAGGAUAAGCUCAUGUCCAUCCUAAAGGAGCGAGAGUUGAAGAUCUACUGGGGGACAGCCACCACGGGCAAGCCGCAUGUGGCCUACUUUGUGCCAAUGUCCAAGAUCGCAGACUUCCUGAAAGCAGGAUGCGAGGUGACAAUACUCUUCGCUGAUCUCCACGCUUACUUAGACAAUAUGAAGGCCCCCUGGGAGCUGCUGGAGUUGCGCACCCGCUACUAUGAGAAUGUGAUCAAAGCCAUGUUGGAGAGCAUUGGAGUUCCCUUGGAAAAGCUAAAGUUUGUCCGGGGCACUGACUACCAGCUCAGCAAGGAGUACACACUGGAUGUGUACCGCCUCUCAUCUGUGGUCACGCAGCACGAUGCGAAGAAGGCAGGCGCUGAGGUGGUAAAGCAGGUGGAGCACCCCUUGCUCAGUGGUUUGCUCUACCCAGGCCUGCAGGCCCUGGAUGAGGAGUACCUCAAGGUCGACGCGCAGUUUGGAGGAGUUGAUCAGAGGAAGAUUUUCACUUUUGCAGAGAAGUACCUUCCUUCUCUGGGCUAUGCCAAGCGCGUUCAUUUGAUGAACCCAAUGGUUCCUGGUCUAACGGGCAGCAAAAUGAGCUCAUCGGAAGAGGAGUCGAAGAUUGACCUCCUAGACCGCAAGGAGGACGUGAAGAAGAAGCUAAAGAAGGCUUUCUGUGAACCAGGAAAUGUGGAGAACAAUGGCAUCCUCUCCUUCAUCAAACACGUCCUCUUUCCUCUCAAGUCAGAGUUUGUGAUUCUGCGAGAAGAAAAAUGGGGAGGAAACAAAACCUACACGGCCUAUGAGGCCCUGGAGAAGGACUUUGCUGAGCAGGUCGUACAUCCCGGAGACCUAAAGAACUCGGUGGAAGUAGCCCUAAACAAGCUACUUGACCCCAUCAGAGAAAAAUUCAACAACCCAGAGCUGAAGAAGCUAACCAAUGCAGCAUAUCCUGACCCAUCCAAAGCCAAGCCUGCAGAGAAAGGCAGCAAGAACUCAGAGCCGGAGAACAUGGUCCCGUCCCGGCUGGACAUUCGCGUUGGCAAAGUGAUCAGUGUGGAAAAGGUAGGGGCACAACGGGCGGCAGGACAUGGGCACUCGCAUCCGGAUGCGGACAGCCUGUACGUGCAGAAGAUUGAUGUGGGUGAGCCCGAGCCUCGCACUGUGGUCAGUGGCCUGGUGCAGUUUGUCCCCAAGGAGCAGCUGCAGGACAGGCUGGUGGUGCUGCUUUGCAACCUGAAGCCCCAGAAGAUGAGGGGUGUGGAGUCGCAGGGCAUGGUGCUGUGCGCUUCCAGCGUGGGGGAGCCGAGGCAGGUGGAGCCCCUGGACCCACCGGCCGGCUGCUGUGCUGGGGAGCGCGUCUACGUGGAGGGCUACGAGGGCGGGGAGCCUGACGACGAGCUGAAGCCGAAAAAGAAGGUCUUUGAGAAGCUGCAGGCCGACUUCCGUAUCUCCCAGGACUGUGUUGCCCAGUGGAAGGAGAGGAACUUCCUGACCAAGCUGGGGAGCAUCUCGUGUAAAACUCUGAAGGGAGGAAGCAUUGGCUAACAAGCAUCAGAGCCACCGCCUGGCUCCUCCACCACUCCAGCCAGGCUCCUCCCCAGCCUGCUGCCAUCUCUCCUCCCACUGUGCCCUGAGCAGGGGGCUCAGCCCUGAGGGACCCAAGGGUUUGGGGACUGAAUUUGCAACGCCCCCCCAUCCCUUGCAAUAGUGCGAGGCCUCCUGGAGAGCUGCCUCUGCCACCCCUCUCACCCUGGGCCUGCUCGGGCCUGUGCCUUGGGUCAGUUCUGGGGACUCGUGGUGUCACCACGGCUAAGGGACCUGUGUGACAUGUGCUCCGUGUCCCCAAGCUUCCCCCUGGGGCCACAGGCUCGCUCUUGGUUGUGCCGCACGCUGGAAGCCCUGCCUGCUGGUCCUCGUCUCUGGGACAGCACAAUUGGGUGAAGCAGUGAGGGUUAAAAGGGAAGGCUGCUUACUCAAACCUGUGUUGCUGCUACCGGGGCUGGGGGCAGCUGCCUGGCAGCCAGGCAGGCCCCAGCCCCUCUGCCCGAGCGCCCCUGUUCCGUGUCAGCCCGCCUGAGGCCAGGGCUGCUGCUUGUGCUGCUCUUCAGCCAGGAGCCCAGGCUAUGCCAGCAGGUUUGCUCCGAGCCCGUGGGAGGCCGGGGGAUGUGGGCUCUGCAUGGCCACAGGGGCAGGAGCCCUAAACACUGACUCCGGAACCAUCUGUCUGUCAUGAACCCAAAUAAAGUGUCAGUCUGACUGUA